AUGGGAGACCAGGAAUUUGCUAAAGCUCACAAUUCUGCAAUUUUUCUUGAAGACCCUCCUGCAGCCCACAAAGACAUGAAAUUCAUUGUGGAUGGAUUGAUGAAAUCAUGUUUAGUUCAUGCCUUAACAACAAGUCCUGCUAUCUACCAGAGUUUGAUCAAAGAAUUUUGGAGAAAUGCUGUCGUAAAGAAAAAUGGUCAGGGUGACAAAUUUGUUGAAGCAACAAUUGAAGAAAAGAAAAUUCAAGUAACGGAGAGCAUCAUAAGAGAAUCCCUUCAAAUAUCAGACAAACCUGAGUAUACCAUGGAAAUCGAUAUUCAUCAGACUCAGGAUGAUUUGGAGCAUAUGGGUUAUGAGGGAACAUUUCCCCCUACAAUCAAAAAGUUGCUUCCUCCGUGUUGGAAGUAUUUGGCUCAUGUGUUCGUGAGCUGUAUUUCCAGCAGGAGAUCUGGAGGUAAUGAGAUUUCUCUUGCGAACACUGGUGCCAUUGCAGCAUUGGCUGUAGGUUUUGAGUUUAACUUCUCAAAAUUCAUUCUGAAUGAAAUGAUUCUAAAUCUUGAAGGGAACAAAAGAGAUAAAUUAUGGAUGUAUCCAAGAUUUCUGCAAAUCAUCCUCAACUUGAAUCACGCCGAGCUGCAGAGAGGAAAUGAUGUUUUAGAUUUUAAAUCCAUUGGUCUAAGUGCUUUUGGGCUAAUGAAACAGAAGAGAGGUGGGAAAUUUGUUUUUGAAGGAAAAUUCCCAUUGAUAAAAUUUGGAAUCUUUAAAGAAGAUGAUGGAGACGAAUCGGAAGAACAAUCAAUGCCAGUGGAAAAUGAAGAUAUCCAUCACUCUCCCUCCGAGCCUGAAGUGGAGGAGAUUCAUCAUUCUCCCAGAGCAUGUGUAGCUGAUGAACAUGAUUAUCAGAAAACAAAUGAUUCAAGGUCUUCUCGAGGUGAUGAUGAUGAUGAUAUUUAUGAUGGCGUACAGUUUUUGAAUGAAUUUGACUUCACUGGAAUCAACGAUGACGUUCCAACUAACAUAGAGUUUGAUCUCAAUGAUGAAGACUUUGAUCCUUUUCUCGGUAUCUCCAGCAGCCGUGCAAAUAAAGUCAAUGAAGUUGUUUCUCUAGCAACCAAGACUAGAGCUGAAGAAGAUUCUCUCAAAAUUCUACUCUCCGCCUCAAAGCCUUUGGAGGUCAUAACAAGCCAAGGGGAUGUGACUUCAGAGAUUCCUCCCUCUGUGUCACUUGUCUCAACAUCAGAUCCAAUCAUUUCCGACUUUUCUGAACCUCAAAUUUCUUAG